CUUUGGUGAGCGGCCGUUCGACGCGAGAAUUGCUGUCUAUCGGACGGCGAGGUUUGUGAAACUCCAAGAUACUCGUGGCCUGGAGCUGCUAUUCGCCCUCAGCUGAAGAGCGAACUCUCCAGCUUUUGAUGUUUUGGCUUUUCUCGAUUCCUUCCCUCGUUUUGGAUUCACAGCCUUGGACAGCUUCUUCCCCUUCUUCUCUUCGGGCUCGAUUCCCCUCGACCUCACGUCUCUUCUAGCUACGCGGAGAUGGCACCCUCUCUCAGUCUCCGUCCCAGGACGGGCGAACGCCCCCCGACUCGCGAUCAAAAUGACAACAGCCUGGUGAUCCCCAGCCGGACAUCUUCGCUGCAUUCCCGCAUCACGCAGCCAUUGGCCUCGACGUUGAAUGUCAAGCCCGGUGCGCGUACGCCGAAAACUCUCACACAUGCGUACAUGGUCUGUGGUGUCGGCAGGGAGCCUUCACAAUGGGUUCGAGCACCAGCACCGAGCCAAGGCAAGAUUGGACACAUGAAGGGAGCCGUUGGUCAGUUCUGGCUGCCAGAGAUCUUGGGAAGCAGCCCACGACUCGAGCAGGACAACGAAAUCGCACGCUCCCUGCAUGCGGCGAUGCGCGCUUGCUUCCCUCACGACGUCGAAAUCUGCACCGGUCGCAGCCAGCCACACUGUGUUCACCAUGCAUUCGUUCUUCAGCAAGACUCCAGCCACACCUUGUACGGUAUUGCCCUCCGCGUCUGGUCGCGCGCCGACGAGAAGCGUGCAGAGACCAUUCGUGACCUGAGAAAGCGUACCGAGUCGGACUACUAUGAGCAGCCCGACGAGACGUAUUGGAUUCCUUACUGCUUGAGCUUCCUCUCCCGGUAUCCUCUGUACAACUUGCUCGGGGAUUAUCUUCGAGGCAUGUGGAUCCACUGGAACAAGGCGACGAACCUCUUCCACGCGGAAGAGGUGUCUCGCAUCCUCAGUUUCCCAGCACCCCGUCUCAACGAUCUUGUCCGCAUUGACAUGAAAGAUUACGCAUUGUGCUACCAGUUCCCAUCCUCGCCAACAGGCUUCCAGAACUUCUCCAUGUGGCCUCUUUUCACUUGCUUGUCAAUCCCCAACAUUGUCGGUGUCAUUGAGGCUGCCGUGUCCCCAACACGCAGAAUUAUUUUCACCAGCCACUACCCUGCUAUGCUCACCAUCGCUGCCGAGACUAUUCGAUUCUGCGUCCGGGUUUAUGAGUGGAGUGGAUUGUACGUUCCUGUCGUUCACGCUCGCCACGUCAAGGAGCUUGUCCAGGAGCCAGGUCCAUACAUCCUCGGUGUCACAGCCGAGUGCAGGACACUCUUCACUGCGCCGCCCGAUGCACUUGUUGUGGAUCUUGACAGAAACUUCGUGCUUACAUCCAGCCCACCAACUGCCCUUACUCCGGGCCAGCGAACCAAGAUGAUCAAUCGGUUGACACAGGCUUUGAACGGUGAGGUCGCGCCGUCUGGCGUUCCUCAGCACCUUCGAUCUGCCUAUGGCGGCGGCAAGCUGAUCCCCGCUGGCCAGAUCAUCGUGAUGAGAGGAGAGGUUGAAAGCAUCCAAGAUCCGGAUUGGUGGAAUCAGGACGCUGUCAUGAGCGUGAUGGAUCACGUCUGUGAGAAGCUUGGUCGUAACACUGGACUCAAGGCCAUGUUUGGAGGCUCCGUCAAGAAGCCGCUCAUGACCAAGGUUUCCAUGCGUCAUCUGAACGAGAUUGUCCGCGAACGUAACCAAUACUCGCGCGAUGCGAUGGAAGCAUGGCAGGACUUUAUCAAUCUCAAGACCAGAAUGGAUUCCGAGCUCGCCAAAGUUACCAAGCGCAACAACUUCCUCGUCGAGGAACUUGAGAGCUGGAAGCAGCAAUUCCUCAAGUUCCAGGCCUUCGCGGAGCAACUCACGAAGGAAACUCAGGAUCUCAAGGUCAAAAUUGAAAACCACAAACGCGAGAAUCGCCGUCUCACCAACCUUAUCGAACAGCAGAAGGAUGACGCUGCUCGUCUUACUCUGCGCCUGUCUGGCACCGAGAAGCAGCGCGAUGAUGCUUUGGAGGCUCUUGUCCUUCAGCAAGAGAUUGCCGAGGAGCUCGAGCGUGAGCGAAAGCGAAACAAGAAGGAGCUGGCAGCUUUGCAGCAUACCAACGCUACCUUGUUGCGCCAGCGCGAUGAGGCACAACGUGUUGUUCUGCAUCUCCGCGCUCUCAUCGAUGGACAGGCUCAUCACAUGGAACACAUCGUCAAGUCUUUGUCCACCGCACCAGAGCUCUCUGAGUAUAUUGAGGAGGGCUACGAUGACGAGGAGGAGGACGAGGUAUCACAAAAAGAAGACACGGUGGCUGCUCGUACUCACACACCAAGACCCGUUAACAAGCGUGCUUCCCUGAGGACUUUCAGCCGCGCUAGCACGGUAGACUCUAAGCACUUGGACGGUGAGGAGGUCUCUCCGGAUAUGGAAGAGCGUCUCAUCAGCAACCCAUCUCGCAAGCGAUUCUCGCAGCUCAGCAUGGCAGACGUUGCCGACAGACACUUGCGCGAUAAGACUGACGCCAUUGCAUACAUUAUCCGCAACAUCUCUGAGCAGUGUGCAGCUGCCGUUGAAGGUCUGCAACUCGCCCAGCGUGCCGACACGGACGACGACGACCAGAGCACCAAGGGAGGCAAGGCGCCAUCCGAAAGCGGUCAAGCCUCAACUGCCCAGGGCAGCGACUACGGCGACGACCGCUCUGACUACCUCCAGCCAUCUGAGCGUCAAUCCAGCAUCCCUCCAACACCGGACCUCGUUCACAACCGCUCCAGCACAUCCAUGUCCAUCGCGAGUGCGUCGACCACGCCGGAGCGAAACAGUCUCGGCCAUUUCAAGAACCACGACGCUCCAGAUGUCCCCACUCGCAUCGUCGAGGACCAUGACGACUACAAUAAUAUCCCCGAGGUCGAGCCGAUGAAGUACGCCCAAGAGGUGCGGCGCCCCAACACUACCCGCCUAGGCGGCCUCGGCUCGGUUUAGACAAGACGGUUUUUCCAAAUGUCUUUUUAAGAAGAAGAAAGAAAAUGGCUUCUCGCGCUGUUCCACCUCCAAAAUCCCUCUCAUAUGUGCUGUCAGCAUAUCAUUCUCAAGGCCGGUUACGAAAGCUCCUUAUUAUCCGCUACUAUUGAUCAGUUACCUUGCUAUCCUUUUUUUUUUAUUAAUUUUCCAUUGAUACCUCAGCGGCGGCGGCGUUGGCGGGCUCUCCGAUAUUACCGAUAUUGUGUUGGAGCAAGUGUUUGUAUUGUCUUUCACGCUGUGGCUUCCGAGCAAACGCCUGGACAUUUUUUUGUAUGUAUGCGUGUCUGUGUGUGUGUGUGUGUGUGUGUGUGUGUGUGCGUGUGUGCGUAGAAGUUCAUCUCGCUGAAAUCUGUCUUAAUCUGGAAGCAAAUGGGACUUUUUUUUCAGGAUGAUUUAAGAAUAACAAAACACGCGGACCGGGCUGGCUUUUGCACGAGAAAGCUCGGUGUGAGAAGUUGAUUUUUAUGUUUUUUUUUAUAUUUAUUUUUUUUUUUUUCAUCUACUUUCGCGCUUGUGGCGACGAGGGGAGCAGAGACGGCUUCAAUUUCUAGCUAGCACCAAUCUUAUACUCUUCUUGAACCCUCUCUUGCCUGCGUCCUCUAAUUCA